GCUCGUAGGUGUAGCAGCUUGGGCGCGACAGGUGCGCGAGGUACAACGCCCGAGACCCGUGACAGGGCUGGUAACAGAGCGUCGGGAAAAGGCGGCUUGUAGUCAGGUAUUUCAGUAUCUGAAGACAAGAUGGAAUCAGCUCCAUUUAAUAGACGGCAAUGGACUUCGCUAUCGCUGAGGGUAACAGCGAAAGAACUUUCUCUUGUCAACAAGAACAGGUCAUCGGCCAUUGUGGAAAUAUUCUCCAAGUACCAGAAAGCAGCUGAAGAAGCCAACAUGGAAAAGAAGAGAAGUAACCCUGAAAGUUUGCCCCCGCACUUUAGACGGGGGACCCUGACUGUGUUAAAGAAGAAGUGGGAGAACCCGGUGCCGGGAGCGGAGCCACACACAGACACCGUGCGAAACAGCAGUGCCGAGACUAGGCACAGAGGCGGCCAUCCGCCCGCAGAAGUGACCAGCAGCUCUGUUCCUGCCACCCGAGUGGAUCAGCAGGUCCACUCCGGACCCGGUUUGGGAUCACCUCCUGAAGCCCUCUCUCACCGCAUCGAGGAGCGUCAGGAUCAUAAGGACCACGCAACAGAAAGUAAAAAGAUGGAAAACUGUCUGGGAGAAUCCAGGCAUGAAGUAGAAAAAUCCGAAAUCGGUGAAAACACAGAAGCUUCAGGCAAAAUAGAGAAAUACAAUGUCCCACUGAACAGGCUUAAAAUGAUGUUUGAGAAAGGUGAACCAACUCAAACCAAGAAUCUUUGGGCCCAUGGCCGAAAUUCAGGUGGAAGGAGGAUCUCUGAAAACAGCUAUUCUCUGGAUGACUUGGAAAUGAGCCCAGGUCAGUCAUCAUCCUCGGCAAUCAACUUGGAGAAAAAUGAGAGUAGGCGAAAUCUGGAACUCCCACGCCUCUCAGAAACCUCCAUAAAGGAUCGAAUGGCCAAGUACCAAGCAGCUGUGUCCAAACAAAGCAGUUCAACCAACUACACAAAUGAGCUGAAAGCCAGUGGUGGUGAAAUCAAAACUCAUAAAUUGGAGCAAAAGGAGAAUGUGCCCCCAGAUCCUGAGCUCUACAGCGCCCAUCAGGAGGGAGCAAAGGUUUCUGCAACUGAAAAUAGCCUGGCUGUCCGUCCCUCGCCGGCCGAAGAUGACUUCCGUAAGCAUCUGUCGCCGGGUCUGGUUGCAGGUAACUCCCAGGUUAAGAGUGAGGCCCAGCAGCCUGUCCGCCCCAAGCCGCUGAGUCCAGAUGCCAGAGCCUCCAGCCUCUCUGAGAGUUCUCCUCCCAAGUCAGUGAAGAAGUUUCAGGCGCCUGCGAGAGAGACCUGCGUGGAAUGUCAGAAGACAGUGUACCCCAUGGAGCGGCUCCUGGCCAAUCAGCAGGUGUUUCACAUCAGCUGCUUCCGUUGCUCCUAUUGCAACAACAAACUUAGUCUGGGAACAUAUGCAUCUUUACACGGGCGAAUCUAUUGUAAGCCUCACUUCAAUCAACUCUUUAAAUCCAAAGGUAACUAUGAUGAAGGCUUUGGGCACAGACCACACAAGGAUCUGUGGGUCAGCAAAAGUGAAAAUGAAGAGACUUUAGAGAGACCAGCCCAGCUCCCAAGUGCAGGGGAGGUCCUUCAGAGCCCAGGGGUAGAAGAUGCCCCCAUCGCUAAGGUGGGCGUGCUGGCUGCAAGCAUGGAAGCCAAGGCCUCCCCUCCGCGGGAGAGGGAAGAUAAGCCAGCGGAAACCAAGAAGCUGAGGAUCGCCUGGCCGCCCCCAACCGAACUUGGCAGUUCAGGAAGUGCCUUGGAGGAAGGGAUCAAAGUGUCCAAGCCCAGAUGGCCUCCUGAGGAUGAAAUUGGCAAACCUGAAGCUCCCGAGGAGAUAGACCUGGAUCUGAAGAAGCUACGGCGGUCUUCUUCCCUGAAGGAGAGGAGCCGCCCCUUCACCGUCGCCGCUUCGUUUAGAACCACCUCUGUCAAGAGCCCGAAAGGUUUGUCCUCACCUGUCAGGAAAGGCUGGAGCAUGUCGGAGCAGAGUGAGGAGUAUGCGGGAGGAGCAAUAGCAGAAAGGAAACAAGCGGAAAAUGCUAAGGCCUCCCAGAAGAAUGGGGGUGUGGGGAAGACAAGCUGGCAGCACAAGGAAUCUAAAGGAGAGGUGGCAGGGAGAAGUGAGGCGAUUCAUGGUUUUGAGGGGGAGGAUGAGAACCUUCUAGAAAAUGGUGCAAAUUUAGAUGAAGAUGAUAGCAACCACACAAAGCAGCAGUCUCCACUGGAACCUAAGUCUCCCAGUUGGUCCAGCUUUGUAGACAACACCUCCACUAAAGAAUUCACUGCUCAGAACCAGCAGUCCCAGGAUGUGGGAUUCUGGGAGGAAGAAGUGGUCAAAGAGCUGUCUGUGGAAGAACAGAUCAAGAGAAAUCGGUACUACGAUGAGGAUGAGGAUGAGGAAUGAUGAAUUCGCAACCGCGCUGGGCCUUAAAUGCAUGUUAGUGAGCCACUGCCCUUUAUCCAAGUGAUGCCCAUAAGCAGGUGUCUUAAUUUACAUGGACGCAACUUUGGAAGAGAGCUUCGACCACCAAAAGAACCCCAUACAGCAGCUUCAGUGAACCCCUUCUAAAUGCUGGUGACAGCAUUCCUUAAAUUCUGCACAUUAGCAGUGCUGGUACACAGAAGUGCUGUAAAGUCUUCUAACAGGGAAACAUCUAGCUGAUCCAGUGAUGUAGUCCAGAUCCCACUGUAUUUCCCAAAAGGCAAUAUUAAAACAGAUGAUGAGCUGUGCAUUGUUAGACUGCAAAUACUACUGUGGAAUGAGAGAACACACAGAAGGGAUUUAGAGACCUAAACGUUAUGACUGGAUGCACUUUAGUAUAAAUCACACGGUUUAUAUUUUCAAAGGAAUACCACUUCAAUUUUUUAGGAUUCAGCUGUUAAGGGAUCAAUUAUUUAGUCUUCUUUAAAAAAAAAAAGUUGUAGGUGAAUUUUCUUACUCUCAGAUGUAUGGGGAAUUGAUUUUGGUUUGCUCUCCUAGACUCCAUCCUUGUUCUAAUGUAAUACAGCCAUCUUUUCAGAACAGCUUUUUGAGGCAAGUAGAGAACCUACCAGCAUGCCUUGGUCCUUGGCGAGAUCUCUUGUCUCCCACACCCGCGGUGGUUUUGCCAAUGAGUUUGACCCCAAGAGACCGACUUGUUUUUCUGGUAGUCUCUUUCAUGCUUUACUGAGGCUACAAUGUCAUUAUCCACUACACUCCAUGUUAGAGCACAGUGCGGAACUUAAUGGGGGAGUUACAGAAAGAACCGCCUUAAACUUGUUCUACUUGUGAUGUCGUCUUUCUGAGGACUGAUUUUUAAAUACUUAUCAGCUCUGAAAUACAUUGGUUUUUAUGGCAGAUAAUAUUCCCAGGAUGAUAUUAAACCAAUGAUUGGCCUUUCUCUUGGGAUGAUUUUCUCUAGUAUUAAGGCUUUGGAACACUGGGGCAGGUCACCCAUUUGGGAUGUCCACAUCCCAUGUUGGGGGUACCUGGCAUCAAGUCCCGGCUCCACUUCAGUUCAGCUGUGUGUGCCCUAGGAAGCAGCAGGUGAUGGCUCAGGUGCUGGGAGACCUGGAUGGAGUUCCUGACUCCUGGCUUUGGCCUGGCCCGGUCCCAGCUGUUGCAGGCAUUUCGGGAGUGAACCAGCAGAUGGAAGAUUGAUCAAUCUCUCUCUCUCUGCCUUUCAAAUAACCUUUUCUAAGUCUUUGGAACAUUAUCAACUUGAGUACAUCUGUACAUAAUCGAUAUUCCAAAUUGUAUGUGUGGGAGGGAGAGGUGUUUCAAGCUGUAGGCCUUUCUUUGUACUGCAUUUCUAGAGAUUUAGUCUUGAUAUUUUAGAGAUGUAAAAUAUUUUGCUUUCUUACAGCCUUGCUUAGUCUGAAACAUUUUUAUUCAAUAAAGAAUUUAAUUUACAUUUGAACUUUUCAA